AUGCCAUCCGUCAAGAACCCCAAUGGCAUGUCCAAGAUCCGUGCCUCCGCACGGUCGUUGAAGGCCAAGAAGGCGCAGAGACAAAUAUCCGAGCAGAACAAGAACAAGAUCUCGAGGAAGGAUGUCGCACGAGGCGCGCGACCUGGUCUCCUGCCCAACAGCGGGCCCCGGGCCAAGGUGAGCGGCAAGAAGGCGAGGAAGCUGGAGAAGAAGAUGGGAUAUGCGCUUAAGAGGAAGAUGGACGCCGAGGGUAUCGUUGAGAUGACUGAUGUUGUCGAGACCGAUGCUAAAGCCGACGCGGGCGAAAGUGCUGCGGCCGAGGACAUGGAAAUCCAAUAA